CGACGGCCGCCCGGCGGCGGCGGCGGCGGCGCGGCUAGUCGCCGCAGUGAGUGGUGGGGUGAGGUGUCGCGGCCGGCAGCAGCGAGCGGCCGACACUGGAUGUGACUACAGACACAGCGAACAUGCCGGCGGUGGACGAUUUGCCGAAAAUGGUCAGCCUGUCACCGGAGCCCCUGGCGACGAUGGAUGACAAGACCAGCCUGGGUGGGAAGGUGCCGGAGCCGCUGCAGCCCACGCGCAGACACAACCUGGACGCCGAGGUGAUCGAGGCGCUGUUCCAGCAGGACAUUGACCUGGGCCUGACCCGGCACGACUUUGACCCGGUGCGCUCGCCGCUCGAGCAGCUCGAGCCGGUGCCCGAAAAGGCGGCCCGGCUCGACGAUGAGUGGCUGUCGUCGAAGGUGGCCGGCGCUGACGAGGAGGCCGAGGAUGACACGCUGGACAAAAUCUGGGCCGGACUCGACUACACCAUCGACUCCGAGACCGGCGAGUGCAUGCUGCUGCCGUCGUCGGCGCCGGCGCCGGCCGGGCCCGUCGAGCCGGCGCCGGUGGCGGUGCCGGCGGCCGGCCGACUCGGCUCGCAGGAGGCGGUCCCCGCGGCGCGCCGUGAGACGCUGCUGCCCGGCCCGAUCCCGACCACCAUCGACGAGCUGAUGGGCGCCGCGCCCCCCGGGCCGCCGCAGGAGCUGGCACGCCGACUGCCUCACUGCUCGGGCGACUCGGGACAGAGCAGCCUCUCCGACUCGGACGCCGAGAUCGCCCUCCUCGACCGGAUGAUCGAGGCAGCACACAGCACAGCACAGCCGCGGGUGCCGCUGAACCGGAUGGUCAGCAUGGAGCAGCGCUGGCAGGACCUGGCCAGUGUGCUGCUGCUGCCGGCUGGCCAGGAGGCGCCGGCGCCGGCCGGGACUCAGCUGCGCCCGCUGCCGACCGGGCCGGGCCCGCUGCCGACCGGACACGGACUGCUGCCGGGCGGCUUCAUCCCAGACACAGGAGCGCUGGCUCAGCCGGCGGCCCCACUCAGCCUGCCCUCCGGCGGGCCGCCGCUGCUGGACGACGGUGGCGCCUCCGGCGGCGAGCUGACGUACUUCCAGCUGUCGCCGGCCGGUGUGCCGGGCCAGGCGGCCGGCGCGGCCGGCGGCUCGCCGCUGGACCAGGACGAGGCGUUCCUCUCGCAGCUGCUCGGGGUCGACCAGCUCGACCUGUCGACGAUGCCCAUCACGGAGCUUGCGCCCCAGGACUGGAGUUCCGGCAGUCAGGGUGCCGGCGGCGGCAGUCCGUCCCAGUCACCCUCCGGCGGACAGUCCCAGUCGUCCCCGACGGGUCAGUUUGGCGCCGGCCCGGGGCGCUCGGCGGGCCCGACCGGCGGCGCCGGCUCGGACGCGCGCGGCCGCUCGCCCCGGCUGCCCGUGGCGCAGAAGAAACACCAGAUGUACGGAAAGCGCAUCUUCCAGAGCCAGGACGGCGCGUUCGAUGACUCGAGUGCGUCGAGCGACGUGUGCACGUCGCCGUGCCGUCCGACCAGCUCGCCGGCGCCGGCGGCGCACCGGUACGGCACGGAGGGCGGCCUGGGCGCCGCGCUGCCGGCGGCCGGGGCGCCGGCGCCCCCGCAGGCCGCCGCCGCCGCCGACAUCGCCGAGAUCAAGUACAGCCGCACACCGCAGUUCACCCGCAUGUCGCCGGCGGAGCAGUUGGAUUCGGUGGCUCACAACCACAGCUACCACCAGCCCGCGUCCGUGGAGAGCGGGAGCGACUCCGACCGGCCCGUGGCCAGGGACAAAGUGGCCGAUAAGAAGCCAGCGGAGCGCGUGUCGCGCGACGAGAAGCGUCUGCGCUCCAUGGAGAUUCCGCUGACGGCCGACGAGAUCGUGCACAUGCCCAUGGACGACUUCAACGAGCGGCUGGCCAAGCUGCAGCUGAGCGAGGCGCAGCUCAGCCUGGUGCGCGACGUCCGCCGGCGCGGCAAGAACAAGCUGGCCGCCCAGAACUGCCGCAAGCGCAAGCUGGACCAGAUCACCUCGCUGACGGAGGACCUGCAGAAGGUGCGCGACGAGCGCCAGCGCAUCCUGGCCGAGCACCAGUACCUGACGGACGUGCGCGCACGCAUCCGCGACAAGUACGCGCAGCUGCACCGGCAUGUCUUCCAGUCGCUGCGGGACGCCGACGACCAGCCGUAUUCACCAUCCGAGUACAGUCUGCAGCUGUCUGCCGACGGCGACGUGCUGCUGGUGCCGCGCGGCCCCGCCAGGGGCGCUGCCAUCGUGCCCUCGGCUGCCGUCGACCCGGCCGCUCGCCAUAAACCGCGCGGCGCCGGCCAGUGACCGGACAGAGCUCAGAGAGAGAGCGCGAGGGAGGCAGGGAGGCAGGUGCGGGUGGGUAGAGGGCGAGGAGACCCCUCUCCCUCACAGGGAGCCGGCGGAGAGGCGCAGUGCCUUGGAUUGUUAAAUGGGACGUGGCAAACGGGACGGGUGUUUUGGUGUGCAAAUGCGGCCUUAUCUGUGGGAAGUAGGGCCAAACGCAAACGACAGGCCUUAGCGUUUGCGACUUACGGUUAUAGCCACCGUGUGAUAGGGAGCUGUAUGGGGCGUCAGAGCCGCCUGCGCUGCGUGUGUGUAUGUGUGUGUGUUGGGCGUGCUUACCGACCCUGGGUGCGGGUCCCGGCGGACGUCGGCUACUUUAUACCUGCCGGGCGGAGCGGAAACCGCCGCGGAAACUGACACUGAAGCUCUAGCACACGACUCUAUCUUUGCUGAGGGGCCUCUUCUGGGCGCCUUACCGAGUGUUCUGGUCGCGCACCGUCGAGCUGGCCACAGCCGUGCCACUGAGGCGAGCCGUGAACGCCCUGCGGACCGGGGGAGGGGGGCUAUGGGUGAACGCACGGGUCGUCAGCGUCUGUAUGCGUGACGUGGGACAGGGGGCCGGGUAUGCUGUCAGUGUCUGUGUGACGUCAGUGUGUGUGUGUGACGUCAGACGGGGGCCGGGUAUGAUAUCAGUGUGUGCAUGGGUGGCGAUUUCUGCCGGGUUGGGUGUGCCCGAGCUCUUCAAAUUCCCCGCCAGCUCGGCCGGCUUGGCUUUGGAGCCCCAACAGACGGCGCGGGUCAAGGUCACCGCUAGGGCGGCGGCGGAUUUGCUGCGCCCGGGCACCCCCAGCUCGGCAGAAAUCGACACCCAUGAGUGUGUGUCUGUGUGACUUCAGACGGGGGCGGAUACCGGGGGGACGCUGCGCAUGUGAUGGAAGUGCGCGGCCGAUGUGAUGAUGAUGAUGAUGAUAUGCCUUAUUGGGCCCGUUGAAAUACCUGACUUUAUUGCUGGCGGCGCGCAGUAGGUGCGCCGCCGCCGCCGCGGAGCUGUUUUAUUCGGGAUCUGGACAGUGCCGCGGGUGUGGGCGCGGGGUCCGUGCCCAAUACACUGGCGGUACGCUGA